AUGACCGAGCCGAUAUGGGUCGGAAUGCGGCUUCGGCCCCUCGUCAAUCAUGAGAUCGGUCAAGAGAAAUGCCUGACGAUCGAGGGCAACCAGGUCUCCAUUGUCGAGGAUGUCAUUGACACGGAUCGGAAGGCAGCAGUCCCAAAUGACUUUGACCGGAAGUCGACCUUCGCCUUCGAUGUCGCCAUGGACAGCACGGACGAGAGCAGCCCCUCCUUCGUCUCGCAGGAAAGGUGCUAUGAGAUCAUGGGCCGGCGAAUGGUGGAUCACAUGCUGCAGGGCUUCAACACCUGCCUCUUCUGCUACGGCCAGACGGGGACUGGAAAGACCACCACGAUCAUGGGCAAGGCGCAGCCGAAGUCAGAGCGCGGCCUUCUCAUGCGACUCGUCGACGAUGUGUUCGAAGAGGUGGACAAGGAGCAGUCGAACUCCGGGUCCCAGGUGCACGUUGUCAUGCAGAUGCUGGAAGUCUACAACGAGAAGCCGAAGCCCCAGACCCAUCAGACUGGCUUGAACUAG